CUGUGUUUGUCGUGAAGGAGGAGGCCCCCGGAUCGAUCGGCGUUUGGUAGAGGACGGCGGACGGGGCAUUGGUGUGACCCGGUACUCAAGUUGGUUGGCUGCCGGCAUUUGGCACUGGCCCAAUAACCGAAGCAAGCGAGUGAGCGGGGGCGUGUCCGUGGGCCACAGUCCGAGAGAAGGAGAGAGACCAAGGAAUAGGAGGAAGAAGGCGCGGAGCGACUCGUGCCUGUCGGCGCGUCCUUUUGAGGGUCGUAUUUAUGGAAGCACGCAGCCAAGACGCAGCAUCGCCCAUCAUGGCGACAGAAGCCAUCGGAGCCUCGGGGGGUCACAUUGCGGGCAGCUGUAGCCUGGGCUCGCUGCCCUGCAGCCCAAAGGCCUCGAUUUUGCAGGCACUGCGCCGGCCCAAGCAACUCUUCUUUGCCGUCAUGCUCUUGCAGCUCAGCGGGUCUAUGCUGUAUACACUGGUCAACAUCGCGCGUGGAGCACCUCCCUCCACGCUGUCCUGGAUUUUUGCUUUUGGCAGCACUCUGCCCAUCACCAGCUUGAUUGCUAUUUCAACAGUGGGCAGGCUUCAUGCCUACUUUGGUGGCACAGCCGGACAAAAUAUGGCUGUUCUCUACUUUGUUUCCAUGCUCACUUCGCUGGGAGCCAUCGGUACCUCUGCGGUGCACCUACGCAGCCCAAGCACGGUUGCACUCAUCUCCACUCUCACGUGGGCCACCUACGAUCAAUGGUACUCCAAGCUGGACAUUAGCCUGGCUGCUACCUGGCUCUAUCAGCAUCUGGCCCCCGUGCCCGAGUUUCAGAUUCAGGAUCUGCAAGGCCAAGUCGUGCGCUCUCCACAGCUGCUGAGCCAACACCCAAAUUUGCCCUUGACGCUCUUGGUUUUUUACCGUGGUGAUUGGUGCUUUGCCUGCAUGUCCCAGCUGCAAUUUUUCGUGCAACGGGCGGCCUCGCUGGCCAAAGCCGGGGUCAUGACUUACUUUGUAUCGUCCCAGCCUCUGGAUCAACGCAAAGCUGUGGCCGAGCUGCUAGCCGAUCAGCCCAACAUGGCGCAGCUGUAUGAUCCCAACAACGCUCUGGCCUUUGAUUGGGGAUUGCUGAACCUGGAUGUCAAACCGGUGUUCCUAUCUCCACAAACGCCGGUCGACGCCGCCGUGCCGACUGCCAUUCUCAUCAACGCCCAGCACCAAUUAGUGCGCAGCUGGAUUAGCACCGAUUUUCGCUCCCGUGUCUUGCCCGUGGACAUUAUCGAGGCCGUCAAGGAGGAAGCUGCCUCACGCACCAAAUCAGGUUAUAACGAGCCCAUCGGUCGUCGAGCUACAUCCUGAACAAAAUUUGGCGUGUUGCUGCCUGGCUGCAGCUCGUUUUGUAUGUGAGCUAAUUGUUGACGCAUUGUGACUGGUCGUUGUCGUGUGCCCCAUUGCUGAAAGGUGUGAGCGCACACGCCGCUGUGCGGACUCUGUUGCAAACCCUUCACUCAAUCCACCAUGUCCAGGAUUCUUUAAAUUGAAACCCAUGCAAAGG